ACGCGAAGACGGACGCAGUGCCGCACGCGUACAGCUGGAUGGACAGGGACGCCUUCUCCACGGCUGUCGGAGGAUGUACAUUUUCGACACCGCGCAAGUUUGUCACUGAAAGAAAACCCAGCAGCUGAACUCGGUGUGCGCACACGCCUCUGAGUGUCAAACACAGCACGCGACAUCUCUGUUUUUAAAUGAGUUCCUCUUGAGAUUUGCGUUCGCCGCCGGUCCAUUUAGCUACUGGUGAGCUGUGAGCAGACGCAGAACAUCAUGAUGGAGUCUAUCUUGGACAGUUUGACAGCGGAGAAACUCUAUCCGUCCGGAGGAAGCAACCUGUUGGACCUGGAGGAGCUCAGCGAUGGAGAUUUCCUCACUAAUGUGCCUUUCUCAGGUGACCAGAUGGACGACUUCAGCAGUGAAUUAUUCAGCAGUUUCUUUGACGACCACCUAUUAGAGCGACCCCUAUUGGCUGAGAGACCUUCACUUUUACACAUGGACAUAGACAGCAGCCCAGAUAUUCAAGCAGAGCACAGCUACUCACUGAGUGAAGACUCUGCCCCUCAGAGCCCAGCUCUCUCAAUCAAAAUGGAUCAAGAGUCUGAAUUUGAAUGGAACUUCAGUCAGGACCUUUCAGCCAUCUUGGUGAAACAGGAGGAGCCUGAUGUGGGUCAACGGUUAGAUCCUCAGCCUCUGGAAGGCCCAUCUCUCAUAUUAAGCCCUGCCCCCCCACAUAGAGGAUCGCCAUGGAGGCACACAGAGUGCAGUGAAGACGAUGUGAAGCCAGUAGCCAUAAAAGAUGAACCCAGAGAGACUGGACAGUACCUCGGCCUGCGCAGCGACGAUGCUCUUCAGCUCCCGCCCACCCCUCCCAGCAGUAAUCAUGGCGACAGCGAUGGCUCCCUCCCUCCCUCCUCCCCACACCUCCCUAUGCCACCGUGUUCCCCUCAACCACAACAGAGGCCAGGAGGUCGCGCCUCUUCCUCCUCCUCUUCUUCUUCCUCCUCCUCAGCCAUCUCUUCUUCACCUCUCCUCACUGCACCACAUAAGCUGCAGGGCUCAGGACCCCUCAUGCUGACAGAAGAAGAGAAGAGGACCCUGGUUGCUGAGGGUUAUCCAGUACCAAACAAACUUCCUCUCACAAAGAGUGAAGAGAAGGCACUGAAGAGAGUCCGACGGAAAAUCAAAAAUAAGAUCUCAGCUCAAGAGAGUCGGAGGAAGAAGAAGGAGUAUGUGGAAUGUCUGGAGAAAAAGGUGGAGAGCUACACAUCAGAAAACAGCGACCUGUGGAGAAAAGUAGAAAACCUGGAGACUGCCAACAGGUCUCUUCUACAGCAGCUCCAGAAGCUUCAGUCACUGAUUUCAGGGAAAGUUGUCCCCCGAUCUUGUAAAAUGGCCUCAACUCAAACAGGGACGUGCCUCAUGAUGAUGGCGGUGUGUUUCGUACUAGUGUUGGGCUCCUUCUCCCCCUGCCUCUCACCCCUCUCCCUCCUCGCCGACACCUCCUCUUUGUCCUCAUCCUCCGCUUCCUCUCAUCCCUCCUCCUCUCCUCCUCUUCCGUCAGCGGACCGCUACACCACCAGUCAGGGUAGGUCUAUAGUCCGGUCCCGCAGCCUGCUCUUUUACAAUGAAGGAGCUCCACUGGAGGAGAGUUUAGUCCCAUCAGAAGGGGAGAGGCUACCGUCAGGAGGCCAUUCCCACAUUGAGACAGGCCGAUACACAGCUGAUGCUCACAGCAACCAGACAACUGGGCCCAACUUUGACCGCAGAGAAUCAAAACCAGACUCAGAGUUUUUCUGACACAGCCUGGCCUCUCCUCCAUGACUUCUCACCUCUGACCCCUACAAAGCAAGAAGCCUCCAGACUCCUGGACUCACCGGGCUUCAUAUCAACCACAGGAGCGAAAUCUACAUCACCAUUUGUUUUAGAGAGCUUCACGACUUCAGAGACUGCUGUCCUUCCAUCCUCCAUGACUGGUAUACUGCCUGUAUGUAACGUGGUGCUUCACUUCUCUGCUUAAACAGACUCUGCUACACCUGAGUUUACUUGAUUUCGAAGGGACCGCCUUAUCGGAAUUCCCAUUUUUAUGCAUUCCAGUAUAGCUAAUUAAACAAUCACGAAAAAUACUUAGUUUAAAUUAAUGAAUAAUAUUUUGCAGAUACACUGCAUUUAAAACAUAGUUUCUUGACAGUAUACAAUAACUUACAGGCAGAAUUUGCAGCAUUUUAACACAAAUAAAUUGUCACCACCAAUGAGUCAGACCACUGCCAUGUUAGGACAAAGUUAAUACAAUUACAAGCUGCUUUUGGCUUUGUCCUCACUUUCUUCUUCAAAACAAAUGUAAUGUUGCAUUGGCAAUUAGAGGGAAAGCAACAUCCUCUUUAUGAGAAGUGUGGUUUUAAUGUUGAAUCACACAGACACACCUUUCACCUUUAACAACUCAUGAUCAUAGAUACAUACUUAGAGAGACAUGGUUGACCUCAACCAUGGGGAUCUAGGUGAUGUUAGCACAUGGUUCAUAUAUAUUACAACCAAACUCUAAAUGUACAGUACUACAUCGUACUUCUUUUUAAUUCAAUAAAUUGUUUCAUCUAGAAAAGGUCAGAAAACUUUUUUUUUUAAUUUAUUUUUUUAAAAAAGACUGUCAGUUUCCCAGAGGCUGAGCAGGAACCAAAGAAUGUCUGACAUAUUUGCUCAAUAACUGACCUAAGUUAUUAAUUAGUUAUCAAAAUGAUGUUUGUUUGAUCAAACAACGAACUAAGUAUGAUGAAUGUGGCAUGUGUUAAUGCCAACAUGUUAAAACACCAGAUGUGCAGGUGUGAGCCUAAACAGAUCCUUUUUUAAAAGGAAGCAGUGCCUUUUAAAGUGCCUUCCACUUACUGUGGUCAAAUAUGACCAAUUCGGCCUUGUACAUUAAGUCCACUAAUACAACUAUAAACUUGACAACCUAACUGGGCAGCAGAUUACACAUUUUUUGUCUAAUCAGGGCUGGUAUGAAACCACACUUUUAACUAAUCAUAAACUGGAUGGAGGUUCAGGAUUUAUCUGUCCCUCUGUUUCGCCCAUGGGUGUAUCUGGGGGUGUAGCAGUACAAGCUCGACAAAUUCACCAUUGCUAAGAGCCAGCCUGGGUUUGAACUGCUUUGAACAGUUGUGUACUGUGUCUGCAGUUAAGAGUUACAACAAAAUAUGUUUUAUUUUUCCACUUUUUAAAUCUGUCUCUGAGGUUAAUUCUACUUUUUUCACAUCUAAUUUCUGACCAGAAUUCUGCAGCAUUUUUGGGAGGCAACCAUAUUUUCAUAUCAAGGGACCUUUAAAGGGGUCCUGACAGAGGUUUGGGAAACAUGACAUCUAAGUAUUUUUAUGGAAUUAAAAAAUUGUAUAUGUAAUAUAUUUGCAGCAUUGAAAAAGAGCAUAUUUAAUUUAUGCAACAAAAAAAACUUGUUUUUAUCUUCAUGUUUUGUUUUUCUAAAUAAUGUUUACAAAAAAACUCAAAAAUACAACUUAUAAUAUAUUCUGAGCAUCAAAAAAAGAGCAUAAUAAUUUAUGCAAAUAAAAAAAGGAAUUGUAUGUUGUGCUUGGGCCUUUAGUAUGAUGUGCAGUUGUACAUGCUGUUUCAUGAAUUGUAAAACUUUGACAUGCUCUGUUUGUCUUUAACUGUAAUACAGUGUUGUUUAUGUUCCACUGCUGUCGCCUGAAAACUAUAGAGCAUUUUUUUUGUUCCCCUAUAGUUUAAAAAUGACAUUAGCUUGUACAAUUGGACCAAUUGUAAAAUUGUUAUUUUCCCUCAAAAUGUUUUGUUUUUGACACCAAAAGCCAACAAAUUGAUCAAAAAAUGUCAAAUUUACAUUUUAAUUUUAAAACAUAUGAAACCAUCGACAAUAUAAUUAAAGGUGGAAAAUGUAAGAGACAUUUUUAAAAAAUAUCUGAGCUAGCUCAUGGUAGUUACAAUGAGCGGUUACCAGUAAUGGUUAGUAUGUUUUAAGUCAAGUUUGUAUGAAUUUGACAGGUGGCCAAUUCUUGCAUAUUACACCUUUAAUGUAGAUUAUAUGUUGUCAUAAAUGCAUCCUCUAACAUUAAACCAGGCAGUGAGGAAACAUCCCAACAUCGGAAUGUGCUCAUGCGACAGCAGUGUAAGUUGUAUUUAUUCCUAUUUGUAGAAAGUGUGUAUAUAUUGAUGAAGUCAAUCAGGGGACUAAUACAUUCCAGGAAGUAAAACACCACUAGCUUUGUUAUCAUCACAAUUUAGAGGAACACCAGGACAUUUACAACAAGUCAGUAUUUCUUCACCACAUGAUCAUGAUCAUCCCUGAAACAUGUUGUUAUAAAUGUCAUGAUAUUCCUUUAAAUUAAGCUAUGAAAACAGACAUUUCACUGCCCAGUCCACAUGCCUGACGAAAUGAUACGUGACUGACAGACUUAUAAAACACUCAAACACAGAAUCUGAUCCCAGAAACAUCACAAUGACCACAGUUUUUCUUUCUCGUCUCUUUAUCUAUAUCAUUUUGUGUCCUUAUGCUAAGCGUACACAAAAACAUCAUGUAUGUGACUGCAGCCCAUCGCACAAACAUCCUGUCAUUCUCACCUUUAACAGUCCUAAUGCACCAAUGUACAUAAAAAAAAUGACACAUGGUGUGCAGUUGUUGUAAAUAAGGGCCUUGUGUUUUUUUUGUAUUGUGACAUAGUCCAAGAUUUUAACCUGUGGAAUUCAUGUGGAAAAGGAAAAUGGGAGAAAAUCAGCAGAUAUUUCGGGAAAGGAAGAUGGAAAGUGGGAGGGAUUUUAAAAAAUAAAAUGAGGGUGACUUUUUCACUUGUAAUGAAACCUCGGCAACACAGCAGCUGCACACAGUUUGAGUGGUUGUAAAACACCAGGAGGUGCUUCAUUAUUCAAACCUCUCUAUGAAUGUCUGCAGAGUGUUUGAGAGGGAAAUAAUAAAGCACUUUCCAGGGAGUCGCUUGAAAUGUGUUUUGGGUAAAAUGUUGUCUUGGUUUGUUGUAUAGCAUCUUGCAUGUUACUCCAUAUAUAACUAUGUUAUCUUAGUGUAGUCUGUAGAGUAGGAACCAGCAAAAUAUAAAAAAACUGCAUCAGCAA